AUGCAGUCAAGACAGACACUGGUUGUCGACAUCAAGGUUUCAUAUCCUCGAUGGCGCCGUGGCAAGAUCGGUCGCCAUCAGGAAUGUAGGCGGGACUUGAAAGCAUCGGGUAGAAUCACAAGCAAACAAGCUGGGCAUCAGUACACGAUAAUUCUUGCGGGGCAGGAAGAUGCAUGGCCCUUUACUGUCGCCAUCGCUUGCCGUCACCCUGGCCACCCGACCAUAUGCCGUAGAGCAUUUGCUCCAAGGUCGAAAAGUGCCGCGCCGAGGGAGCGUACAAAGCCAUACCGCCUGCUAGUCAGGUCUGUGCUUGCGUGCAGCUUGGGCGGCGGCGUCUUCGGCUGGAAGAUGUCAAACCUUGUGGCUCAGUGUGGUGGAGGUCGGGGUGACCAGGCAGCUAUCGGUAGGAAAGGCGUCGACCAACACGAACGUGCUGUGCAUGACGUGAGCGGAAGGCUAGAGAUGCUGGUUCAUGGUGUCGUUGAUGAGUGUCCUGGCGGCACUGCAACGCAUCAUUUGAUUUUGGGUUAUACGCGAGAUGCCUCCACAUCCAGGGUACGGGAUGACGGCAAACAACCAUUGCCUAACGUGUGGAGACGGCAAAGCCAGCUGCGCAGAUCUUGGGAGCGCUCGGUUUCCAGAAGCAUUGAUGGAACAAGAGACAAGACAGGCAGAGCCGUCGCCUUCGCCGUGGUACAUUUCAAAAGCCCGACGCAGCCGAGAAACAGGACCUCAUCGUUUCAAUAUAAGGGAGCGUUGCAACUGCAUGUAUAUACAUUCCUUGUCGGGCGGCAGAUGGCAAGGAUCGGCACGCAGCUUUUCCCAAACGAGGCUUAG